CCAGCCUGCUGCAGAGAAAUCCAGAUGUCGACAGCGAACGGUAUUGCAGUGGGGGAUGACCCACGAGAUUCCACCGCGGAGGCUCCUCUUACAUUCCCCGAGACAUGGCAGAACGACCAGCUAGACGGGUUCAAUGCUUCCAUCAUGUUUGGUACCGGAUUGAUCAUGGUCACCCGUAAUCGGUAUCUAGCGUGGCCGUCUCUUGUGUUGUCCAUCAAUAGUUGGAUCAACCAACACUCUCUACGUACCAAGGAAGGCGGCCAGAGCGCAACAACCACUGUACUACUGGCCGCAACUGCUCUGCUCACGUCCUACUUGCCAUUGUUUAUGAUUGGGCCGAAACAAAGGCAGACAGCCUUGCCCCUCACAAGCCCAUAGAAUGCAUUGACUGCCAAGUGCAACUGUAGAGAUUUUUAUCCUUGUAGUAGUCAGGUUCUAGCGUCGUCCUUCAAGAUGCUGGUGA